AUGCUCGCACCUCGUGACGAGUUCCAGGCCGACGCGGUAGCCGCGAGGGUCAUUGACCUCGACAACAAGCUGUGCGUACAUAUGAUCGAGGUCGACAUCGCCUCACCUCGACACGACGACGCGCUCAAAUGCAGCGAGUACAUGUACCUCGUCUCGAGUCCUCAAGGUGGCGACGGCGACACGGCCCGCAACCCGUCACCCCACCUCAAGAGCUUUCGCCUGGAGAAGUUUGCCGUCGAGGCAAGGCACCCCAGACUUGACUCGCUUGUCGCCGACUACUGGUACAUGCGCCAGCUUGACGCUGCCUACAAUGCGGUCAAGAUGCGUCUCGGUCAUGAGCCCAUCGAUUGGGUGCACACGAACGAAACCGCGUGGAUGGCCGCUACCCCGACCUACGGCUACAGCGACCUCCUCCUCCACAGCACGUAG